AUGAGGAUUACCGACGCCAAUCGGACCCAUAAAAACAGCGGGAUACCCAUCUGGUUUUGUGGGCGGACGGACUGCGGCUCCACUUACCAGAUCACCGUGACUUUACUGGAUGAAAACCAGGAGUCCAUCGCUGAGUUUAAACCAGAGACUGUGACUCUGGAGCCGGAAAGUGACGGAAGCUCCUGGAGAGAGAUCAGCCACAGCUUCACAGAGUACGGACCUGGGCUUCGCUUCAUCUGCUUCGAACACGGAGGCCAGGACACGAGCUACUGGGACGGCUGGUUUGGAGUCAGAGUCACCUCCAGCUCCGUUACCAUCGACUCAUGA